AUGAGGAACCACAGUGUUAUCUCUGAGUUCAUCCUCCUCGGGCUGUCUGCGGACCCCCAGAUCCAGCCUCUGCUCUUCGUGCUGUUCCUUGUUAUUUACCUCCUGACCCUGAUGGGGAAUCUGAUGCUGCUGCUGGUGAUCGGGUUUGAUGCCCGUCUUCACAUCCCCAUGUACUUUUUCCUGAGGCAGUUGUCCUUCCUCGAUCUCUGCCACUCCUCUGUCACUGUGCCCAAGCUGCUGGAGAAUCUGCUCUCUGAGAAGAAAACUAUCUCAGUAGAGGGCUGCCUGGCUCAGGUCUUCUUUCUAUAUGCCUCUGGGGGCACUGAAUCCUGCCUACUCGCUGUGAUGGCAUAUGACCGCUAUGUUGCCAUCAGUUCUCCUCUGCUCUAUGCCCAGGUGAUGAACAGACAGCUGUGUAUGGGGCUGGUGUGGGCCUCAUGGAGUUUGGCUUUUCUGGAUGCUCUUAUCAAUAUCCUUGUAGCUCUCAAUUUAGACUUCUGUGAGGCUCAAGAUAUUCACCACUUCUGCUGUGAGCUGUCCUCUCUUUACCCCUUGUCCUGCUCUGAUGUGACUGCAAGUUUUACUGCCCUGCUCUGCUCUAGCGUCCUCCAUUUCUUUGGAAAUUUUCUCAUGAUAUUUUUCUCCUAUGUUCGCAUUUUGUCCACCAUCCUGCGCAUCAGCUCCUCCACAGGCAGAAGCAAGGCCUUCUCUACCUGCUCCUCCCACCUCACUGCAGUGAUCUUCUUUUAUGGUUCGGGAUUUCUCCGUUAUCUCUUGCCAAAUUCUGGAUCCAUUCGAGAGUUAAUCUUCUCCUUGCAGUACAGUGUGAUCACCCCCAUGCUGAAUCCCCUCAUCUACAGCCUGAAGAACAAGGAGAUGAAGGCUGCUGUGAAAAGGAUGUUGAGAAAAUAUUUCUGGUGCUUCAAAUAA